AUAGACGAACGAUUUGUUGGUGUGAUUUGCAAAUUUAUUGCUGCGAUUUAUUGCAUACCGUUUCUCCACACACGCUCGAACAAAUCAUAAUUCGGCUGACGUUGAAGAGUAAGCAUAUGCUACGAAGCGGAUGAUGUUCAUUUUGUGUUUGAACUUCGGUUUGUGCUUUUCUUUUCUUUUCUUUUCUUUUUUUCUUUUGAUAGGAAACUUAAAAAAACAUGUGCGACGAUGCAGCGGCUGAUGCAGCUGCGCUUUUAAUUAUAUAUACAUGUUUCGACAUAGAACAUAAAAAACAAGAAAAGAAAAAAAUCGAAAAAAAAAGAAAAAGAAAAUGGAGUGAAGAGUGGCUGCUCGAAAGAAAAAAGCAUUCCCAUGUAGCAACGCUCAAAAAUAUGGAAAUGCUUACUCCAAGGGAUUAUAAAAAUUUUUUACGCAUGGAUGUAGAUACCUAUGAAGAACUAUUAAGGUGGGUAACGCCAGCAAUAAAAAAGGAGGACACAGUGAUGCGUGACGCUAUUACGCCAAAUGAAAGACUUUCAGCGACGUUACGCUUCCUUGCUUCUGGGCAAAGCUAUGAGGACCUUAAAUUUCUAACCAAAAUAUCGGCCCAAAGUCUUGGUGGAAUCAUAUUGGAGACGUCGAAAGCUAUUAUUGCAGCACUAAAACCAUUUAUUAAGAUGCCACGCAACUCUGAUGAAUGGAAAACAAUUGCCAAUGACUUCGAAAAUAGAUGGAAUUUUAACCACUGCGUGGGAGCCAUCGACGGAAAGCAUGUGAAUAUAGUGAAACCGUCUAAAUCUGGCUCGUACUUCUACAAUUACAAGAAAAACUUCAGUAUUGUGAUGAUGGCACUGGUGGGCGCAAAUUAUGAGUUUUUAAUGGUCGAGGUUGGAAUAAAUGGAAGAUGUUCAGAUGCAGGUGUUUUUGCUCAGUCGAAGUUAAAGCAAAUGUACGACGAUUAUGGAUUGAAUUUGCCAGCCCCGGAAAUGUUACCGUUAACCGAAGAUGUGGUUCCAUAUGUUAUUGUUGGAGACGACGCCUUCCCACUUUUAGAGAACCUCAUGAAGCCUUACAGUCGGCACAACUUAACAGAGGAGGAAAUUAUAUUCAAUUACCGACUAUCGAGAGCUCGACGAAUAGUGGAAAAUGCGUUCGGAAUUUUAGCGAACCGUUUUAGAAUUCUGCACACAACAAUUAAUUUGUGCCCCGAAAAGGCUUCAAUUAUAACUCUUGCCUGCUGCUACUUGCAUAAUUACUUAUGUUUUAAAAAUUCAAAUAUAUACUUGAAACGCAGUGAGAAUGAAGAGAAUUUAAAUUUGACUGACUUGGAACCAAUUGCUCAUGGUAAUUCGUCAAAUAACGCGAAAAAUGUUCGGCACAAACUGAGCAACUAUUUUAACAGCGUUGGUGCCGUACCCUGGCAGUACAAUGCCUCCUAAAACCAGUCACCAUUAAAACCCAGCAAAAAAAUGUCCUUGAAAGUAAUUAGAUGGGAGCUAUUAACAAACAAAUAUUUUAUUUACAUUAAAUCUCUUAAAUCUAUAAAAAUAAAAAAUAAAUAAAUUCAUUAA